AUGCAGCCGGAAGAGAUCAGACCUGUUGAGUUAAAAAGACCGGAGUCCACGGAAUCCAGCAUGAAUGCACGGCUCAAGAUUAUAGACAAGAACUCAGGAAACAAGCGGCGUUCCAUCCUGGAGGAUGAUGAGUAUGAGGGGGACAGUGCCAGUGAGAUGAAGCAAUUGGAUCCAAGACCUUCCACAACAGCAGUUACUCGGGCUCUACCAGACACUGCCUUCAGAUUUCGAAGAGAUGGAUCUUUUAGGUCAAAGUGGGAUGACCUCACUUUCAGACCAAGACAGUCAAUAUUCGAUCAAGAGGUGAAGUUUGGCGCCAAGUUCUACGGUCUCUUUGUUGCCUUCUGGUUUUGUGUUUUUUUUGGUGGGCUCAACGUUGUAUUCAACUACCAUGUCAAAUUUGGACUUCUUGCCAACUCCAGAAUCAUUAGUAUUAUGUCAGAUAAUCUCUUGGGUGUUGCCUUAGUGGAUUUGCUGAUGUACUUAAUGAUGUACGUUCCUGUUUUCAUUCAGAUGCUGGUGAAAAGGAACAAGAUUAGUUGGAAUAGACUCGGUUGGGUGAUACAAUCAAUAUACGAGAUUUUCUUUUUGAUAUUCUUCCUAUACUUGGCAGAGUACCUCAAUUUUCCAUGGAUUGCCAAAAUCUUCUUACUGUUGCACUCAUUGGUACAGCUGAUGAAAAUACAUUCGUAUGCAUUCUUCAAUGGGUAUCUUUGGUCAAUCAAGGAUGAACUACAGUACUCUGAAGGAUAUCUGAAAAAGCACGAUGAUGACCUGGCUGAUGAAAUCAGAAUUCCCUUGACUAAAUCCGUGGAGUUCUGCAAGUUUGAAUUAAAAGCACAGUCCUCCGAACAACCAUUUCCAAAGAACAUAACACUCAGAAAUUUCUUCUUGUACACCAUGUAUCCUACAUUGGUGUAUCAAAUCGAUUACCCAAGAACUCAACGGAUAAGAAAAGGAUAUCUCUUUACCAAAAUUGCAGGUAUAUUCGGUGUUAUUUUCUUGAUGAUCACUAUAUCCGAAACAUAUUUAUACCCGAUGGUGGUCAAAUGCCUUGAACUAAGAGAAACACAGUCAAUUUACUACAGAAUGAAGAUGUACCCGAUGAUCAUUAUCGAGUUCAUACCACCUUUCCUGGGCGUCUAUUUAUUAGUGUUCUAUCUCAUUUGGGAGCUUAUUCUAAACGCUAUUGCAGAAUUGUCUUACUUUGCUGAUAGGGAAUUUUAUGGCUACUGGUGGAACUCUGUCGAUUGGAAUGCAUAUGCUAGGGACUGGAAUAUUGUUGUGCACAAGUUUCUUCUCAGGCAUGUGUAUCAUUCUUCUAUCAGUGCUCUUCAAUUGAAUAAAACGGGAGCGACAAUCUUUACCUUCUUGCUCAGCUCGGUUGUCCAUGAACUUGCGAUGUUUGUUAUAUUCAAGCGUCUAAGGGGCUAUCUACUCAUGCUGCAAAUGAGUCAGCUACCUUUGGUGCAAUUAAGCAAAACCAAGUUGAUGAGGGAUAGAAAGGUUCUAGGCAAUUGCAUCUUCUGGUUCGGUAUCGUUUUGGGUCCAAGUCUUAUGUGCACGAUGUACUUGGUGUUCUAG